UACCAACUCUUCAAGGUUGCAACUCAUCCCCGGGGUUCCUUUGACGAGUCGCUUGCUGUUCCGACUCUAUUUCCACAGGUGCCCAUCAUGAAGACGACGUGGAAAGAUAUCGCUCCGGUGCCUACGAACCAGGAAUUCCUGGACAUCGUCCUCAGCCGCACCCAAAGACAGCUGCCCACUCAGAUCCGUGCUGGUUUCAACAUCAGCCGUAUUCGAGGCUUCUACACCCGAAAGGUCAAAUACACUCAGGAGACUUUCUGCGAGAAGUUCCAGGCUAUUCUCGAUGGCUUCCCCAGACUGCAGGACAUUCACCCUUUCCACAAGGAUUUGAUGAACACCCUUUACGAUGCCGACCACUUCAGAAUCGCCCUCGGUCAGAUUUCGACCGCGAAGCAUCUCAUCGAAACUGUCUCCCGCGAUUACGUUCGUCUGAUCAAGUAUGCGCAGUCGCUGUUCCAGUGCAAGCAGCUCAAGCGCGCUGCUCUCGGUCGUAUGGCCACCAUCUGCAAGCGUCUCAAGGACCCCCUCGUCUACCUUGAGCAGGUGCGUCAGCACUUGGGUCGUCUGCCCGCGAUCGACCCCAACACCCGUACGCUCUUGAUCUGCGGUUACCCCAACGUCGGCAAGUCCAGCUUCUUGCGCAGCAUCACCCGCGCGGAUGUCGACGUUCAGCCCUACGCUUUCACUACGAAGAGUUUGUUCGUCGGUCACUUCGACUACAAGUACCUGCGUUUCCAGGCCAUCGAUACCCCCGGUAUCCUCGACCACCCCCUCGAAGAGAUGAACACCAUUGAAAUGCAGUCUAUCACUGCCAUUGCCCACUUGCGCUCUGCCGUUCUCUACUUCAUGGAUCUGUCCGAACAGUGCGGUUACUCCGUGGGUGACCAGAUCAAGCUGUUCCACAGCAUCAAGCCCCUUUUCGCCAACAAGAUCGUCUUCCUCGUGGUCAACAAGAUUGAUGUUCGCCGCCCGGAGGACCUCGAGCCUGAGUACCAGCAGCAGCUGGAGGCUAUCCUCAAGGCUGGUGACGUUGAGCUCCUGCAGCUGUCUUGUACAACCACCGAGGGUGUCACGGCUGUCAAGAACGCCGCUUGCGACAAGCUCCUCGCUGAGCGUGUGGCCCAGAAGCUCAAGUCCGGUACUAACAACUCCGGUACCCCCGGCGGUCGCCUGGGCGAUGUCCUCGCCCGUAUUCACGUUGCACAGCCCAUGGGUGGCGUGACUCGCGAGACGUUCAUUCCUGAUGCCAUCAAGACGCUCAAGAAGUACGACAAGAACGACCCCAACCGGAAGAAGCUAGAGCGGGACCUCGAGGAGGAGAACGGUGGUGCUGGUGUCUACAACAUCGACCUCAAGAAGACCUACGACUUGGCCGACGACGAGUGGAAGCACGACAAGAUCCCCGAGGUGUGGAACGGCAAGAACAUCUACGAUUACGUGGACCCGGAGAUCGAGGCCAAGCUGGCGGCUCUGGAAGAGGAGGAGGAGAAGCUCGAGGGCGAUGGCUACUACGAUUCGGACGAGAGCGUGGAAGAUGCCGAGGACGCCGACACCCGUAUGAAGGCGGACCUGAUCCGCGAGAAGCGGGCGCUCAUGAAGAACGACGCCAAGCUGCGCAAGUCGCUCAAGAACCGGGCGGCCAUCCCCCGCAGCGCCAAGGCCAAGAAGCUCUCCCAGAUGGAGGAGGCCUUGGACUCGGCCGGUUACGAUGUCGAUGCCGCCGCCAGCCGCGCGCGGUCCCAGAGCCAGGUCCGUGGCCGCCCGCUCACGCGCGAUGCGGACAUGGACGACGACAUGGACGUCGAUAUGUCGGAUCCUCGCCAGGCGAUCGCCCGGGCCAAGAGCCGUGCUCGCAGCCAGGCGGCGACCGAUCGUCUGCACGAUGGUGUGACCGACGAGAAGGCGCGCACCAAGGCCGAGCGGUUGGCCAAGCUGGGCCAGAAGAAGAUGAACCGCAUGGCCCGCCAGGGAGAGGCCGAUCGACACACCACCGCCUCCUUGCCCAAGCACUUGUACACCGGCAAGCGUACUAUCGGCAAGACCCAGCGUCGUUAAAAGGACCAUGCAGAUGGUCGAUGACGAGACGAAGUCCUUUCUUCUUAAUACACUACCCAUCGUACAAGUACAAAGCUCAAUCCUCGUUGCAACAUAGUGGUCAUGAAUUGAACCGGGGCGAUUCCAAAAAAUUCUCGGGGCGUUUGGGGUGUUUGUUCCACGUCUUUUUAUUUUUUUGUCUAGUUGUUGAGUGGAAGAUCGUUGUUGGUUUUAGUUCUUAG